UUAAGAAUGUAAGCACUUUUUAAGUAAGAGGACUUUGUCAGUAGUGUAGAGAGAAGACAAAAAGCCUCUGUGAAGAUCAUCAUAAUCAUGGCUUACCACAAACUUAAGCCAAGUACUCAAAAACGUGAAACCCACCUGCCAAGAAUCCAAAAUCAAGGCUACAAAAGAGAACCCCACCUGAGGGAGGCAGAGAGCAACACAUGCCCUGUUCAGAACUUUGCUUUCGCUUAAAAACAUAGCAAUAACACAAGAUGAGAGCCACGGGAUCACUAGUUACGUUUAAUCAGAAGAUAAUGCGGCGUUGCAAGAACCUCCUGAUCAGAAUCACCAAGAGCUGUCCCAGACGCCAUUACCGGCAUUUGAAACUCGAGAAAGAUUCUUCUUCUUCUUCCUCAUCAUCAUCAUCAUCUGGGAAGAAAGCCACAAAAGUGUUGGCUUCAUUCUUCCUCUCUUUCCAGAAGAAGAAGCAGAAGAAGGAAAAAAUGAAGCGACUUAACGAACUCAGGAGUUUCUCGGAUGCCGUCAGUGAUAGGAAGGCAUCAAACACUACUGAAUCAAGAACGAAAGUAUUCCCAUCUAAUCUCACGCCGUCUUGGCUCUGUCAAGGUCAAGAAGUCUCACAAGGCCAUGAUCCACCUAGAGACAGCACAAGCGCAUUCCUUCCAUGACUCAAGAAGUCCAAAAUAACGCACGAGUAUCAUACGCUUUCAAUUUGAUUACAUGGAUGUUGUAGUAGGAUAUCUCAUUGUCGUGGUUGUUAACACUAAGACCCUAUUCUGACUGCCUCAGGAUGUAUUAUGAAUGCAAAUUAAAUUCUUUGCAGUGCAAGAUUCUAAUAAGAUUGAAGUGUGAUUCAAAAAAUCUAAUCGGAAAAAACUUUGUAUUAGAAUCAGAAAUGAUGAUAGUUCAAGAGUACCACUACCAAGCAACUUUCUCCAAACGGAAGAGAAGAUAGACACCAAAUAAUUUUAUACAUCUAUCCUACAAAGCACGGACCAAUGGCUUCAUUCCCUAACCCAAACCCUGGGUGGAGGGUGGGGGAUAACACAUCUCAACUCACCGGUUCCAACCAGGUGAAUGUCCUUGGAUCAGUUCUUGGCAACAUCUCAUUUCUCAAA